GCGGCGGGGCUGCCGUAGUUUUAAAUGAAUGUCAACCUGCUUCUAGUAGGGAGAACAAACCCAGCGCACAUAAACGAAAGUACACACUCAGCGCAACCCGGGAGCCGCUCUUCAUACAUUAACAUGACCCGGCGGCCGAGAAACAGUGUUUACAGUAGUGAGGAGGAUGAGGAAGAGACCGAGAUGUAUGAACAUGAUUACGAUGGAUCUCUAGCCAAGGCAGGGAAACGCCACCUUGGGAAAACACGCUGGACACGAGAAGAGGAUGAGAAAUUGAAGAAACUUGUUGAACUUCAUGGAUCAGAAGAUUGGAAACUAAUUGCAAGCUUACUAAGCAAUCGUACAGAUGUGCAGUGCCAGCACAGGUGGCAAAAGGUGCUGAACCCAGAACUCAUCAAAGGGCCAUGGACCAAAGAGGAAGACCAGAGGGUGAUUGAGCUGGUCCAGAAGUACGGAGCCAAGCGCUGGUCUGUCAUCGCGAAGCACCUGAAGGGGCGCAUUGGCAAGCAGUGCCGUGAGCGCUGGCACAACCACCUGAACCCAGAGGUGAAAAAGACAUCUUGGACCGAAGAGGAGGACCGAAUCAUCUACCAGGCACAUGAGAAACUGGGCAACCGCUGGGCUGAAAUCGCCAAGCUGCUCCCUGGCAGGACGGACAAUGCUAUAAAGAACCACUGGAACUCCACCAUGAGACGUAAGGUGGAACAGGAAGGUUAUCUUCAGAGCACGUCAAAGACCAGCAACUCCUCCCUCUCCAUCAACCAUGGCUUCAUCAAGACCCCCAGUCACAUCAUGGGCUUCCCCCACCAUUCACCCAAUCAUGCUCAGCUGCCUCCUCUGUCUCCACUCAACUACAGCUACAUCUCUGACACACACAGAGUGCCCUUCCCCAUGGCCUUGCAUUUAAACAUAAUGAACAUUCCCCAGCAUGGAACCGCUGCUAUACAGAGACACUAUAAUGAGGAGGACCCUGAGAAGGAGCAGAGGGUGAAAGAAAUCGAACUGCUGCUCAUGUCGACAGAGAACGAGCUGAGAGGCCAGCCAUCACUACCAAUGACUUUGCCCUAUCCAAGCUGGGCCAGCCACAGCUCUAUGACCGACAGUUCACAGGGUGCGGCUAUGUCGUUACCUCAUCACCACGUGGCUGCCCCUGCCCUGCCUCUUGAUCAGAGCUGCCUACCUGAGGAAAGUGCCUCCGCAACACGCGCCCUCGCCAACAACAGCCGAAACAACAACAAUAACAACAACAGCAACAGUCAUCACAGCAGUCCAACAUUCUCAAACCAAAUCCCAGAGUUCAUGGAGUCUGUCAUUGAUUCAUUCCUCAUCCAGUCCAUGAGCCCAGAGCACUCGGACAGUGACAGUUUACCAGUGAGCUCACCUGUAGACUCCAAGCCUCUGAUCGACCAUUCGAUUAGGCCCCAGAAAGAGAAUGAGAUGUUUAGGACUCCAAACAUUCGUCGCUCCAUCCUUGAGUCGUCCCCACGUACACCAACACCUUUCAGGUCAGCCCUGGCCAUGCAGGAGGCAAAGUACGGACCCCUCAAACUACUGAACACUCCUUUGGAUCAACAGAUGGUUGAGUCCAUUAAGCAGGAGCCUAUGGAGUGCACCAUUGAACAGCCACCUCUGAAGAAAAUUAAACAAGAGGUGGAGUCCCCAUGCGAGAGGAGCCCAUGUAUGCAGUGGGAAGGACAAGAUCUCCACACACAGCUCUUUUCACCUACAGGCGCCCCACAGGAAGUACCUGACAUGCUUACCAGCUCAUUAUUAAGUGAAGAUGGACACAAAACCUACAACCUCCCUCACAGGGCUACAGACAGUCCACUACAGCAGCUCAGUUCCUGGGAGCAGGUGACCUGUGGGAAAACAGAGGAGCACAUAUUAGCCUCAGAGCAGAGCCACAAGUACAUCAACACUUACCCCACGAGGACACUGGUCAUGUAGACAGAGACACAUGUUGAUCUGGAAACGUCGACAAGCCCCGCGCUGCAGCCACAGCGCCACAGGUUUUAUAUUUGUUGUGGUACAACAGAUGGGAGAGGCUCAAUGCCACCGGUGUUUUUACACUUACACUUGUUGGAUUUCAACCAACCAAAGACUAUAAUUUUUUUUUUGUUUUGGAAAUUUUUUAUAUAGAAUUUGCUUUGGGUUUUUUAUAAAUGUAAAUCUUUUUUGGUCUUUUGGUUCUGUCUUUGUAUUAUUAUUGUUGUAUUAUAAAUGGGAAUCGGUGGCUAUAUAAUUUUCAUUGGGCUGUAUUUUUAAUUUUUAAUUUUGAUAUUAAUAUAAAGAACAAGUUGAUUAAUUUAUUCCUUUGUUUUAAUGUCUUUGUUGUUGUUUUUUUUUUUUUUUUUUUACAAUUGGCCAAUGGAUCAGUGUUUUAAGUAAAGUAUUUAAGCCCUAUUAGCAUUAUACUACAUCCAAAGGCAUAUAUUAAUGGAUUAAAACUGACCUCUGUAUUUCAAUCAUGGAACUAUUACUUUUUCCUUUUUUCAAAUAGGCUGGAAUGGGUCUACUGAGAGUUUCAAGUGUUUGGCCUGUGCUUGAUGUAAACACUUAACCUACUGAAUAAGAACUGCUAUGUAUGUUCUUGUAUCCUGAGAUGUUUUUCUUAGGGGCUAGCCUUUUUAGUAUUACCACACAUCACAACUCUUCAUGUAACAUGAGUUUUCAUUUCAAUGUCUGAUUUAUGUCUGGCCUUCACAGUAUCCUUAUGGGUAACGUACAAGGAACAAAUGCUAUAUUUGUUAAAAUCUAAAUAUAUAGACAGUAUAUGGAUACAUUUACAACUCUGUCAAGCCGUGAGCUUCACCCAGUAAGAGUAAAUCCAAGAUGCACUUGAAAUAUAUGUUUUACGUCUAAAAAA